AUGGUGCCUGGUAUAGAAGCAGAAUAUUUCGAAAGAACGGAGUAUUCAGACACCAUCGAAAUUUGGCAGUAUUUUCAAAUCUUCGAUUUGCCAAUCCCUAUUUAUGAUAUAGUCCGUUCCAGAGGUUUUGCCGCAGUUUUCCGUCCGACUUGGAAGUUCUGGAUUGCAGUUGUAUUUUAUAAUACAGUCCGAGCUGGAGGUUCCGGUUUGCAGUUGUAUUCUAUAAUACAGUCCGAGCUGGAGCAGCAAGAACAAGGCGUUCAAAAUAAUACCCUUAUUGUUAAUAACAUAGAUAUUCGAUUAAAAAUAGAGGAGUGGCGACAGGAAUCCAAACACAUCUUAGAAAUUCUUAAGCAAGAUCUCUUGCGAUAUAAUAUAAUCGAUACAGUCAGCUCAUCAGCAACAAAGGCGCGGUGUCUCUUCAAAGACGUUUGGGAUAUGAUGGUUGACAUUAUGGAAGAUAUAACGUCGGAUCAAGUAACAAAAGACAUAAUUUCUGAUCAAAUAACAAAAACUGAUCAAAUUAAAAGUUAUGCCAAAGGCGUUUUUGCGGGUGUGAACUCACUUGAAAAUUUAAGAAAAACGAUCAAAUCAAAUCGUUCCUUGUUGAGGCAAAAUACUAGUGAUAAUACUAGCUGGAAAAAGCAAGUAUUAAAAAUAUCGAAG